AUGACCGAAGAAACAAAGAGCAAGUACCCAAAGUGGUCGGAUCAAUAUUCCACGCUCGUUCUUAUUCAGCUCGCUAAGGGAUGUGAUUGGAAAUCGAAAUUCCAGCUUACAGAACAGCGAGUUGGUGAGCAUGAGUUUUUGGUUCGCCUGAAGAACGAUGGAAAGACAUUUGAAGGAGUAGGAAGUAGCAAGAAAAAGGCAGAGCAUCGUGCGUCCUUCAAACUACUCAAGACAUUCAAAAAUUUGCGGGAAAUAGUGAAGGCAAAUAGUUUGCAGUUUCUUGAGCUUGCGAAUCGAGAAGGGGCUGGAAUUCUGGCUGAUAAAAUGAGAAUCAAUCCUGCACCGGCUGGUGGAUUCGUUGCUACUUACAUUGGCCGUAGCGAUUUGGAGAUUCGAAAUGCCGUCAAGAAGGAUGCAAAGAGACUCUUGGCGUACGAGCUUCUUUCGCCUCUCUGGAAAGAGAUGGACAAAACCUUCGCCAAUGAAAAUUUGCCGGUCACGCCUAAUUCUUCUCCACAACGACCCGCGGUACGAGUUCAACCGAAGAAAUCUCCACCCAUGAGUCCUAUCAGACCUGAACCUGUUGCUGUUUUGAAGGAGCCGAUCAUAAAAAUUGUUCCGGAACCGCAGAAGACAUCGACAAACUCGACGGAGCUAUCAUUCUCAAGCCUUCCUUCAAGCUCAAUCAAGAGUGGCCCUCCUGUAGAAGUCUCAACUGGCUCAAGAGCGAGCACCGUUAGAGGCAGAUUCCCUCACUGGAAUAGCGACUAUUACAUUCCAAUUCUGACCGCACUCGCAAAAAGUGCUUCUUGGAAAGACAUUCUUGGACUCAAGCUGAAUGCACUCACAGACGGCAAAUACGAUGCUACACUCAUUUACGAAGGAUCAACAUUCAGGGGAAUUGGACAAGGAAAAUCGGAAGCCACAAAUGAUGCGGCAUUCCAGUUAAUAUGUUGUCUCGACGGACUAGAUAGAUUCCUUGAAGAAAACUGCAUGGCAAUCCUCGAAUUUGCUGUUCGAAAUGGUUGUCCAAUCAACCGAGAUAACAUCCGAGUCGAAGAAGUGAUGGUUGAUGGCACGAAAAAAUUUCAAUGCAAGUACUUGGCUCCUGGCGUGAUGGAACAUGGUAGAAUCUCUCAAAGCAAGGCCUCAGCAAAGAAAAAUCUUGUCUUCAAUCUUUUAAAACCUCUAUGGACCAGCCUCAAGCGCGAAAUAAAUGGAGCUUUGGACAAGAGAAAGGAAACACUUUACGAUGAAAUUGACAAGCUGGAAUCGAAGCGAGACUCUGGGGUUUCGUACGAAAGUGAAAGUCUUUUGAGCGAUUAUAAAACAGAAGCAGUUUCGCCGGACAAAAGCGAGGACAAGCUAACGAAAGAAAUCGAAGCGCUAAAAAAGCAUCUGAGCCAUCUAGAACUUCUUCAACAGACUCAGAAGGGAACGUCGCCCGACGGAGAUGCAACAGUAAUUCAACAUAACGAACCUCAAACUUCUGGCUACGUAACUGGUCGUUCUGACGCUGGAAAUCAAGGAGACGAUGCUGUAUCUGCAAUUUCGUCCAAAUGGUGCUCGGUCGAUUUCAAGAUUGAUGAUUCGAUUUCGAAGAUUUACAAGUAG